AUGUCGACCAAAACCGAUCAUUUCGAUCAUCUGAAUGUAUCUUUAACCAUAUUCUUUGUGAUCGCCACCGUUGCAUACCCCAUAAACGGCUUGGAGUCAAGGAAGCUUGAUGAGGGCACUGUACGAGAAGAUCAAGGCAUCAAGUGUAACCCAUCAUGUACUGUGCAAAGUCCACCACCACCACCACCAUCGCCGCCCGUGCCGCAGCCACCUACGCCGAAAAAGCCUCCAACCCAGUACUGUCCGCCACCACCUAGUCCACCAUCCUUCAUUUACAUGACUGGUCCACCGGGGAACCUUUACCCUAUCGACCAAACGUACGGUGCAGCUAGCCGGAAAUUUGAAGUGGGGUUAUUGGCUUUGGUCUGUGGAUUCCUGGUCCUUCUUGCUUUUUGA